AUGGUGUCGAUCUACGACGCCGUGGUGGCGGCGAUCCCGCAAAACAUCAAGAACGACACGCCCGUGCAUCUGCUCGCGUGGAUCCCGGGCAAGUCGCCCAUCUCGACCGUGCCCGCGCUGGUGGCUGCCGUGAUCACCUACCUCGCCGUCAUCUUUGGUGGCCGUGAGCUGAUGAAGAACCGCGCGCCGUUGACGACGAGCAUCAAGCUGCCCUUCCUGCUGCACAACCUCGCGCUCACAUUUGGCUCGGGUCUUCUGCUCGCGCUCAUGCUCGAGGAAAUCGUGCCCAUCGUGCGUCGCAACGGCCUCUUUUACGGAAUCUGCGGCGAGGGCGCGUGGACGAUGAAGCUCGAGACGUACUACAUGAUCAACUACUACUUUAAAUACUGGGAGCUCAUCGACACCGUCUUUCUCGUGCUCAAGAAGAAGCCGCUCGCCUUCCUGCACGUCUACCACCACUCGGCCACCGCCGUGCUGUGCUUCUCGCAGCUGCACGGAAAGACGUCCGUGUCGUGGGUGGUCAUCUGCCUCAACCUCGCAGUGCACGUGCUCAUGUACUUCUACUACGCGCUCACCUCGCUCAAGAUCCGCUGCCCCUGGAAGAAGUCGGUCACCACGGCGCAGAUCACCCAGUUCGUGAUCGACCUGUUCGUGGUCUACUUUGCCUCGUACAACUACUUCGCCUACACCUACUUCCCCAACGUCCCGCACGUCGGCACGUGCGCCGGCAAGGAACACGCCGCCUUCUCCGGCAUCAUCUGCCUCACCUCGUACCUCUUCCUCUUUAUUGCCUUUUACCAAAAGACGUACGCAAAGGACAAGGCGCGCAAGCUCGCAGCCAAGCAGAAUGGCAAGGCCAACGGCAAGGCUGCCAAUGGCAAGGUCAACGGCAAGGCGCAAUGA